ACGCAAAUGUGGACCCGCUGACGAGACGUCGUCGCGUCCAUCUCUCGGUCCGAUCUCCUCGUAAGCACCGUCUCUGCCACUCCGCUCCACACACGAUACGCUAUUUUCGAUAAAUACAUAUCGCGUCCCUUUGUCAGAGAGAGAUACGGGGGUUUAAAUCUUUUGUGCUCGAGGUUUGCGGGACCGAUGUCGCCGGCAAUCAUGGACAACAUCUUCCACAAGCUACGGAAUUUGGACGCGUAUCCAAAAAUCAACGAGGAUUUCUCUAGCCGUACAUUCUCCGGAGGCGUUAUUUCUGUCGCCUCUUUUAUCGUCAUGUUCUUACUCUUCUUUUCUGAAUUCAGAUUAUACCUUCACACUGUUACCGAGACAAAGCUCAUAGUGGAUACGUCAAGAGGGGAAACCCUACAUAUCAGUUUUGAUGUCACUUUUCCUGCUAUUCCGUGUUCGUUGCUAAGUCUUGAUGCGAUGGAUAUCAGUGGAGAGCAACAUUUUGAUAUAAGACAUGAUAUUAUGAAGAAAAGGAUUAAUGCGCACGGUGACUUGAUUGAAGCAAGGCAGGAUGGGAUUGGUGCUCCAAAGAUUGAGACACCUUUACAGAGGCAUGGUGGCAGGCUUGAAAACGGAGAAACAUACUGUGGUUCAUGUUAUGGUGCAGAAGAGUCAGAUGAUCAUUGCUGUAACUCAUGCGAAGAAGUUCGUGAGGCAUAUAGGAAGAAGGGGUGGGCGGUGACAUAUGCAGAUUUAAUUGACCAGUGCAAACGAGAAGGAUUUAUUCAGAAGGUAAAAGAUGAAGAAGGCGAGGGAUGUAAUAUUGUUGGAUCUCUGGAAGUUAAUAAAGUUGCUGGAAAUUUUCACUUUUCUCCUGGGAAAAGCUUUCAGCAUGCACCUGUUCAUUUGUAUGAUUUGCUGGCUUUACCAGAAGCUAAUUAUAAUAUGAGUCACAGGAUCAACAAAUUGGCUUUUGGCGCUUACUUUUCUGGUGUUGUGAAUCCCCUUGAUGGGGUUCGUUGGGUGCAUGAAACACCAAAUGGUAUCUAUCAAUAUUUCAUCAAGGUAGUGCCCACAAUAUACACUGACAUUAGAGGCCGCACUGUCAAUUCAAAUCAGUAUUCAGUGACAGAACAUUUUCAAAGCGCAGAAUUUCUCCGCCCUGGUACUCACCCUGGGGUUUUCUUCACUUAUGACCUUUCUCCAAUUAAGGUGACUUUCAAAGAGGAACAUACUUCAUUUUUGCACUUCCUGACACAUAUUUGUGCAAUAAUUGGAGGUGUUUUCACAAUUGCGGGAAUUAUUGAUUCAUUUGUGUAUCAUGGCCAAAGAGCAAUGAGGAAGAAAAUGGAGAUGGGCAAAUUCAGGUGACUCCAACACUAUGUUUUGCUUAUUGUGCAAUGUAUGAAAGAAUGAAUGACGUGAUUGUUCUUUCUCGAGUGUGCAAAUACGGUGGGGUUAUUCUCACCAGAGGGUUCCUACCCUGUUAGUCCGGAAAAUUGUAAUGUAGGCAGAUGGAUACUGUGAUCCGUUGAACCGAACAAUGAUUUCAUUUGCUACUCUCCAAUUUUGUCAUUUGUCUGUGGCUUUUUGCCAGUUGUAUUAUAUUACUACUUAUUCAUUUUUCCAGCUAGAAUUAGAUGACUUCGAACACUCUUGCGAAUUGAAGUUCUUUUGUGAGUUGUGAAUUAUGGAAUAAACAGGUUGUUGAACUUA